UUUUCCACUAAUAAUUGUGUGUUUCUGUAAAUGGACUUUAAGAGAACAAGUGCAUGUUUGUUUUUAGUUUAUGAUCUGUUUUGUGCACUUUUAUGUCUUUGAAUUCAGGUUCCCACUUUCUGAAGUGCUUUACGGGAAAGGAACGAUUUAUGCUGUUAAUUUAAAAACAUUGGUUUACGUUUUUUACAAACACAUCCCAAGAAAACUCUCCAUUCACAAUUUGGUCUAGGAAGUGGUGUUCUUCGGUUUUUCAUUCAUUGGAAUGGGAAAUGCGGUGGAUGGAGGGCAGUUCUGAUGUAGGUCUUGACCAAGGGAGUAAUUUGGUGACUCCAUAUUUUACUCCAUUUCAGAAGCAGGCAUUCCGAACAUCUGGCCUUCAACCUGUCAGUAUGGACUUGUCUCCUAGCUCAGGUGGUGAUAGUUCUGCGGCUUCUAUGAAGGAGGGCACUGGAUCACCUUCUUCAUCAUCCUCGGAUUCCGAAGCUGAUGGCAAUGGGCACCUUGAAGGUAUCAAGCUGAAAGAACACUUUCCUGAUCUGGAGGAACAGAAUCAGUUAGCUGGGGAGGAAAAAACAGAUAGUGUAAUAUGGAAGAGAGAGGAUAAGAACUAUGAUGAGUUGCUGAAAAAAUUCAUUAAAAAUGAGGAGGAGCUAAGGAUUUCGAACUCCAAACUUCAGCUUUCAGAAGAAGAGAUUAUAAAGUUGAAGAUUCAACUUGAGAAAAGUGAGGUUCAGCUUGAUAAUGUGCACAAAGAAUUAAAAAUGAAAGAGGAAGAUCUUGAAUAUGAAAAAGGACAGGUACUGGAGUUGAAAAACCAAACAGCUGAGUUGGAGACUCAUGUCCCAGAUUGUUGCGACAAGAUUGCGAAGCUGGUGGAACAGCUGGAGGAAGCUCAAGAACAGCUUAAGGAAUCAAAUGAUGAAAUUGCAAGAUUAAGAGAGGAUCUCAGGAGCAAGUCAUCUAGUACUCAUCAGUUGCAAGGUCAGCUUAAAACGGCACAGGAAGAUAUUGACUCAUUAAAAUACCAGCUUGAAAUAGAGACCCAAGAGUUUGAAGACAGGAUUGCACGGUACAAAGCUAAUGAAACAAACCAUGAACUUGAGGUGCAAAAAUUGAAGGCUGAAAUCCUUGAUUCACAGGCACAGUUCUCUGUGGAGAAAGAUCAGUUGAUUUCUGGUAUUGUAAGCUUGACAGAAGUGAAAAUGCAGUUGAACUCUAGACUUAAGGAAUGGGAGUCUAGAAGCAAUGAAUUAGAAAUCAAACUAAGUAUAUAUGAAGCUGAAAAAUUGAAACAGGUAGAGCUGCAUGCUUCUCAACAAAGGGCUUUGCAAGAUGAAAUCAGUUCUUUAAAGGAAGAACUUGGUCUGAGAAGCCAUGAGAUAGAAGGUGUGAAUAAGGAAUUUGACAGGCACAAGCAGAAUUAUGACAUGCUCAUGACUGAAAGAGAUGGAGCGAAUGCCACCAUUGAUAAACUUAAGGCUGAGCUGAGCUUCCGGGACAAUCAAAUUGCUGAUGUGGAGAGAAAGCUUGUCGAGAUACGCACACAACAGGCAGAGCUGAUCUCAGGAUCUGAAACUAAACUGAAUCUAGUAAAUCAGUUGAAACUGAAAGUGGAAGAGCUGGAAAAAGAAGUGGCCAGACAGAAUGCUGUGAUCUCAGACAGGGAUGAGCAGAAGAGGGAGGCAAUUAGGCAGCUAUGCUUUUCACUUGAGCACUACAGGAGUGGAUAUCAAGAACUUGUUCGAGUAUUUACCGGGCACAGGCGUCAUGCUGUUACAGCUUCUUGAAGUUAGAUUCUGUUAUCUCAUCGUAUCACAUUAUCUUGUAGAUCUUUUUCCUAUUAUUAUUUCACAUGUAUUUUCUCUUAUUCCAGUUGCAGAUGAACGGAUCUAAACAUUACAUAAGAAUAUCUUUCUAGUUUCUACCCACCAAAAAAGGUCAAACAGUCACAUUGGCAAAAGAUGUUGAUGAAGUAUUUCUAUUCAUUUUUCAUAGCCUUGAUUUCUUGUUGUUGGAAAAGGAUAUUCUUCAUACUUCAUAGUCUAGACUUCUGGUGUUGAAAGAGGUCAUUAAACAAGCUGCAUUUUUUUUUA